CAGGGCAUGGACUGAGCGCAGCGGGCACCAUGAAUGGGGGCGCGCUGAGCGGGGCGCCGAGGGCCGGUCUGGGUCUGGACGGGGCGGGCGAGCUGCACUACGAGGCCCUGGAGGGUGCUCAGCACCCGGCCGGGCUGCUGCUCUCGCCCGCCGCCUUCAUCAACCCGGCCCAGUAUGCCAGCGUGCUGGAGGGGCGCUUCAAGCAGCUGCAAGAUGAGCGGGAGGCUGUGCAGAAGAAGACCUUCACCAAGUGGGUGAACUCGCACCUGGCGCGAGUGACCUGCCGCGUGGGGGACCUGUACAGCGACCUCCGGGACGGCCGGAACCUCCUGCGGCUCCUCGAGGUGCUCUCUGGGGAGACACUGCCAAAACCCACCAAGGGCCGCAUGCGGAUCCACUGCCUGGAGAACGUGGACAAGGCGCUGCAGUUCCUGAAGGAGCAGAAGGUGCACCUGGAGAACAUGGGGUCCCACGACAUCGUGGACGGGAACCACCGGCUGACGCUCGGCCUGGUCUGGACCAUCAUCCUGCGCUUCCAGAUUCAAGACAUCAGCGUGGAGACAGAAGACAACAAGGAGAAGAAGUCAGCCAAGGACGCCUUGCUGCUGUGGUGUCAGAUGAAGACCGCGGGGUACCCCAAUGUCAACGUGCAUAACUUCACCACCAGCUGGAGAGACGGGCUGGCCUUCAACGCCAUCGUGCACAAGCACCGGCCAGACCUGCUGGACUUCGAGUCCCUGAAGAAGUGCAACGCCCACUACAACCUGCAGAACGCCUUCAAUGUGGCAGAGAAGGAGCUGGGCCUGACAAAGCUGCUGGAUCCGGAAGAUGUGAACGUGGACCAGCCAGACGAGAAGUCCAUCAUCACCUAUGUGGCCACCUACUACCACUACUUCUCUAAGAUGAAGGCCCUGGCCGUGGAAGGCAAGAGGAUUGGCAAGGUGCUGGACCACGCCAUGGAAGCCGAGCACCUGGUGGAGAAGUACGAGUCCCUGGCCUCCGAGCUGCUACAGUGGAUCGAGCAAACCAUCGUGACCCUCAACGACCGGCAGCUGGCUAACUCCCUGGGCGGCGUGCAGAACCAGCUGCAGUCCUUCAACUCCUACCGCACCGUGGAGAAGCCCCCCAAGUUCACAGAGAAAGGAAACCUGGAAGUGCUGCUGUUUACCAUCCAGAGCAAACUGCGGGCCAACAACCAGAAGGUCUACACGCCCAGGGAGGGCCGGCUCAUCUCCGACAUCAACAAGGCCUGGGAGCGGCUGGAGAAGGCUGAGCACGAGCGGGAGCUGGCCCUGCGCACCGAGCUGAUCCGCCAGGAGAAGCUGGAGCAGCUGGCCGCCCGCUUCGACCGCAAGGCGGCCAUGCGGGAGACCUGGCUGAGCGAGAACCAGCGCCUGGUGUCCCAGGACAACUUUGGGCUGGAGCUGGCGGCCGUGGAGGCGGCGGUGAGGAAGCACGAGGCCAUCGAGACGGACAUCGUGGCCUACAGUGGCCGCGUGCAGGCGGUGGACGCGGUGGCCGCCGAGCUGGCCGCCGAGCGCUACCACGACAUCAAGCGCAUCUCGGCGCGCCAGCACAACGUGGCGCGGCUCUGGGACUUCCUGCGGCAGCUGGUGGCCGCCCGGCGGGAGCGGCUCCUCCUCAGCCUGGAGGUGCACAAGGUGCUGCAGGACCUGCUCUACCUCAUGGACUGGAUGGAGGAGAUGAAGGGCCGACUGCAGUCCCAGGACCUGGGCAAGCACCUGGCGGGCGUGGAGGACCUGCUGCAGCUGCACGAGCUGGUGGAGGCCGACAUCGCGGUGCAGGCCGAGCGGGUGCGUGCGGUCAGCGCCUCCGCUCUGCGCUUCUGCGAGCCGGGCACAGAGUACAAGCCGUGCGACCCGCAGCUGGUGGCGGAGCGGGUGGCGGCCCUGGAACGGAGCUACGAGGCGCUGUGCGAGCUGGCGGCCGCCCGCCGGGCCCGGCUGGAGGAGUCCCGGCGCCUGUGGCGCUUCCUGUGGGAGGCGGGCGAGGCCGAGGCCUGGGUGCGGGAGCAGCAGCACCUGCUGGCCUCGGCCGACGCGGGCCGCGACCUGACGGGCGUCCUGCGGCUGCUCACCAAGCACGCGGCGCUGCGGGGCGAGAUGAGCGGCCGCCGGGGGCCCCUGCGGCUCACCCUGGAGCAGGGCCGCCGGCUGGUGGCCGAGGGCCACCCGGGGGCCGCCCAGGCCGCCGCCCGGGCCGCCGAGCUCCAGGCCCAGUGGGAGCGGCUGGAGGCCCUGGCGGAGGAGCGGGCCCAGCGGCUGGCCCAGGCCGCCAGCCUCUACCAGUUCCAGGCCGACGCCAACGACAUGGAGGCCUGGCUGGUGGACGCGCUGCGCCUGGUGUCCAGCCCCGAGCUGGGCCGCGACGAGUUCUCCACGCAGGCGCUGGCGCGGCAGCACCGGGCCCUGGAGGAGGAGAUCCGGGCCCACCGGCCCACGCUCGACGCCCUGCGGGAGCAGGCCGCCACCCUGCCGCCCGCGCCCAGCUGCGCCCCCGAGGUGGAGGUGCGGGGCCGGGUGCCCAGCCUGGAGCGGCACUACGAGGAGCUGCGGGCGCGGGCGGGCGAGCGGGCGCGGGCGCUGGAGGCGGCCCUGGCGCUCUACACCAUGCUCAGCGAGGCGGGGGCCUGCGGGCUCUGGGUGGAGGAGAAGGAGCAGUGGCUCAACGGGCUGGCCCUGCCCGAGCGGCUGGAGGACCUGGAGGUGGUGCAGCAGAGGUUCGAGACCCUGGAGCCCGAGAUGAACGCCCUGGCUGCCCGGGUCACCGCCGUGAAUAGCAUCGCAGAGCAGCUGCUGGAGGCCAACCCCCCCGGCAAGGACAGCAUAGUCAGCACCCAGAAGCAGCUUAAUCACAGGUGGCAGCAGUUCCGGUCCCUGGCGGGCGGCAAGAAGGCAGCCCUGACCUCGGCGCUGAGCAUUCAGAACUACCACCUGGAGUGCACAGAGACCCUGGCCUGGAUGCGAGAAAAGACCAAGGUCAUCGAGUCCACCCAGGGCCUGGGCAACGACCUGGCCGGGGUGUUGGCCCUGCAGCGCAAGCUGGCCGGCACCGAGCGCGACCUGGAGGCCAUCGCCGCCCGCGUGGGCGAGCUGACCCGGGAGGCCGAGGGCUUGGCGUCCGGCCACCCCGCCCAGGCGCCGGCCAUCCGCGCCCGGCUGGCGGAGGUGCAGGCCGGCUGGGAGGACCUGCGGGCCACCAUGCGGCGCCGGGAGGAGUCCCUGGGCGAAGCGCGGCGGCUGCAGGACUUCCUGCGCAGCCUGGACGACUUCCAGGCCUGGCUGGGCCGCACGCAGACCGCCGUGGCCUCCGAGGAGGGUCCCGCCACCCUGCCCGAGGCCGAGGCCUUGCUGGCCCAGCACGCGGCCCUGCGGGGAGAGGUGGAGCGGGCCCGGGGCGAGUACAGCCGGCUGCGGGCCCUGGGCGAGGAGGUGACGCGAGACCAGGCCGACCCCCAGUGCCUCUUCCUGCGGCAGAGGCUGGAAGCCCUGGGCACCGGCUGGGAGGAGCUGGGCCGCAUGUGGGAGAGCCGACAAGGCCGCCUGGCCCAGGCCCACGGCUUCCAGGGCUUCCUGCGCGACGCUCGCCAGGCCGAGGGCAUGCUCAGCCGCCAGGUGAGACCCGGGGGCAGCUCCCCGCGGGGAGCGAGGGGGUAGGGCCCGGGCAGCGGU